UAUGUUAGAAGAGAGGAUAGCAUUGGUAAUGGGUUCAGAUAACUAAGAAAAAGGAAAUUUAUAUGUUGGAGGAUAUGAUUCUUUAAAAAUGAUACCACAAAAAAGGAUUGGUGCUGUCUUGUCGGCUGUUUGGGCAGGGAAUUUUAAACCAGAUGAGAAUUUGAAAUAUCUUCUUAUCGAAGCUGAUGAUAGUCCUUCUUAUGAUAUGAGCAAACAUUUUGAGAAAGCAGUGAAAUUUAUACAUGAAAGCCUUUAAACAACUAAUGUCUUAGUUCAUUGUGCUGCUGGAAUAUCAAGAUCAGUUUGCUUGAUAAUAGCUUAUAUGAUAAAAAUACAUAAAAUGAAACCAUAGGAAGCUUUAACAAUAAUUAGAAAGACAAGACCAUGGGCAGGACCAAAUGAGGGAUUUACAGAACAAUUGGAAAAGUAUUACAAAGAAGUCAUGUAAGAAAAAUAAUGAU